AUGUCGACCAAAACGUCCCUGCUGAAAGUGAUCCUCCUGGGUGACGGCGGCGUGGGAAAGAGCUCCAUCAUGAAUCGCUACGUCACCAACAAAUUCGAUGCGCACCUCUUCCACACUAUCGGCGUGGAGUUUCUCAACAAGGACCUAGAAGUGGAUGGCCACCAAGUCACCUUACAAAUUUGGGACACCGCCGGCCAGGAGCGCUUUCGCAGCCUAAGGACUCCUUUCUACCGAGGCUCCGACUGCUGUUUGCUCACAUUCAGCGUCGACGACAACCAGAGCUUCCUCAAUCUGGGCAACUGGAAGAAGGAGUUCAUAUACUACGCAGACGUCAAGGAGCCGGAGAAGUUCCCUUUUGUGGUGCUGGGCAACAAACUGGAUGUGAGCGAGAGACAGGUGACCACAGAGGAGGCCCGGCUGUGGUGCCAGGAGAACGGCGACCAUCCAUAUUAUGAGACCAGCGCCAAGGAUGCCACCAACGUGGCGGUGGCCUUCGAGGAGGCGGUUCGCCGGGUUUUGGCAAUGGACGAGCGGGCAGAGCACCUCAUCCCUACGGACACGGUCAAGCUUCACAGAAAGCCUCGCUCUGCUGCCACCUGCUGCUCUUAA